GUCUAAUUUAUUGUCGUAUAGUAAAGCUCUCGCUAUCCAAACGGCUUUGCUUAUCACUGAGGCCGGUUCAUGGUGGCCUCGUCCUUGUAGUGUGUUGUCUUAAUGAGCGGUAGGAACACCAUAUACUUCCACGCAGGCGCUAAAAGCCACCGACCCUUAGCUUGGAGGUCAGCCCAUGUCCGUGAAAAAGCCAUCCUCAAUCCGCAUAUACUUCGGCCAGCUGUUUUACCUCUCUCUCCUGGUUUUAUGCACCAUAAGAGGGUAGUUGUAGCUGUUCUGCAAGCCUUGGCAGCCGUACUGCUUAGGCCUUCCACUUCUGAGGUAAAUUUUUAUUCAAAUGCCGUGACCUCGAGGUUUGAUGAGUCGGAGAUCAGCGGCACUCAAUCUGCAGGGUUUUCUGGUGGUGAGUGUUUAAGUUGAAUUGUGAGUUCACAGAACCAGGAACCACGUCAACGCUAAGAUUAGGGCGAUUCGGUCAAGUGAUCUACGUUUCCUGCUGUGUAUAAUUUCCGAUUGGAUGGAUCUUGUCAGUGUGUUCACACAGCAGUGGUGGGUAACUCAAUUUUAUGCCAUUUUUGAACACAAAGUUACUCGGCCUGGUGGCUGUGCAAGCCACCUUUGGCCUCAGGCGUCUCGG